GCUCCGGGUGUCGUGGCUUCACACCUCCGCGGGCACCGCAGUCGUCUGAAGUGGCUGCAGCGGCCGCUCCAGUGCCAGUCGACCCCGAUGGCCGACCCAUUCACACGUCCGGACAGCAUCCACCUUUGAUCGCCGGAGGGAUUUAUUAUAAGUCGAGCAAGCGCAGAGGUCUCGAUCUCAGUCAGACGCUGGGGAGGGCAAAGACGCGGAGGAUCAGAUCAGAGAUCAUGUCAGCGGUCCGUGGGAAUAUGCGCGUCGGGGACCUGAGCCACUUCCAGAUGUAUCCAGAGGGGCCUCUGCAGACGAACGGCGCGGUGACUUCGGAUUACGGAGCCCCCUCGGAGGUUACGAACUACUUUGCCCCAGCAAACUCUGGAGCGAGGGCGGACAAGUGCGUCGCCAUACUGACCCACAGGAGAAAGAGGACCAACUUCACCCAGCAGCAGAUCGAGGUGCUGGAGAAAGUUUACUCCGACACCAAAUAUCCAGACAUCUACCUGAGAGAGAGGCUGGAGGCCCUGACUGGCCUGCCGGAGUCCAGGAUUCAGGUGUGGUUUCAGAACAGGAGGGCCAAGUCUCGUCGCCAAGUUGGCUCCUCUGUGCCCACAAAAGCAUCCAGCACAUCAUCCGGAGGACCCUUUGGGCAACUACCAAGCAGAAUUGGCCCAGAGAAAGUCUAUGAUAGCCAUGGUACUGAGGUACGCAGGGCGGGAGCUUUUGGUCCAGAGGAUGGCUUCAGGCCCACGGUGGAGCACAGCACAGAGGACGUUCUCAGGACCAGUCUACAGCCCAAAUCCAGUUGCUACGACCACAUGCCACCUUCCUGCAUCUACGACAAGGGAACCGGAGCCACGGCAGAGCAGACGCAGCCGAUCAAGCCUGCCGGGGCCGUCCCGAGAUGCAGCAUCCCCCUUUACCCCAGCGAGCCGGAGCACCAUCCAAGAAUCAAAAGCAACGCGUCUGGCAACCACGGUCCGAAGGUUCUGGUGGAGUAUGACAAUUACCCACCGAAUAAAACCAUCGGACCCGAGAUGAAAGUCGUGAUCCCCCCCUUGCCGACCCAAACCAGCUUCGGCAGGUCGUCCCCAAAGGAUAAGGAAUGCCAAAUGCAGUAUCGGCAACCGCGGGCCACGGAGAGGUUCGACCAGUUUUCUCCAAUCUAUAACCUGGAGGCCCAGGACGUGAGCGACUCCGACUCAGACUGGGAACACGAUGCCAUGGCCGGCUUUGGUGGCUUUAUGUGACCUGUGCAAAGAGCCGACGUUAAGAACUCCACAUGUAUGAUAAAAUGAUAAUAAUGAAAUUCUGUAUUUAAUAUAAAGCUGUACUAAGACCGACUGGUUAAA